GGCUGCUGGCUGGCUGGCGACCGUGGCGAGUUACCGUUUCGAUUCUACGCGUUAUUUGAGUACGUUUCCUCGUCGACGACGACGACCAAUUUUUCCAGCUCUGUGCACGGUGCUCGGUAGCUGGCAAAACGCAGCUAAGCAAAUUUAAAAAAAUUCAAGAAAAUACAGAAAAACCAGCAUCAAAUGUUAUGCACAACCGCAGCUCAAAGAAAAUUGUACAAUUCGAAGGCAAAAGAAAUAAAUUUUAUUGAAAAUUGUGCAAAAUUGCGUGGAAACUAAAAUGAAAAAGCUGAAAAUAAAACGCACAAUGCAGCAAAAUGUCAAUUGAAGUGUAGUGAAAAUUGUUCUGCAAAUACAUAUGCAUACACAUACCUACAUACAUAUAAACAAACAAUACCAAAAACAAAGAAAGUGCAAAAAUUGUAACGCAAAAAUUUCACAUCCUACCCACACCCCCAGCCGCUAACGCUAUAAAUACAUACCCAUUACCCUAAUUACUGGCAAAAAUAAAAGUGUUUUUGACAAAAUCGACGAAAUAAAUUGUACGCAAUAUGCGCAAAACUAAAUUAGUGGCCGAACGACAUCGUCGAAAUCUACGAAAACGAUGAAACGUGGCUAUAAGAGAAGACGAAAGGGGCUUUGGCCAAUACAAAAGCCGUGCUAAAGUCGGCGAACCCGUGAAAAAACUACGAAUAUACUAUAUAUAGAACUCGCAGUGAAAAAAGAGAAAACGUUAAAAAAUGUAAAGAACAAAUUCCAAAAACAAAGCACACAUAGUUGAAAUUAUACAAAAAAUAAAGAGCUGUUACCAAAUAUAUAAGUGCAACGCCAAUAAAAAAGUCAAGCGAAUUAAGGCGUCAAUUAAAUUUACGUAUAAAAAUAUAAAAAAAAACAAAGCAACAGCCCAGACGCAGUGCUACGAAGCUACCUAAAAACGAAAAACCUAGUGGGCAGCAGCAGAAACGCAGAAUGCAGCAGCAGUGAGCCGAUCUAGCGACAAAGCGUGUCUUGUUAAUAAUUCGAAAAACACGCAUACCGAAAUUAACAGCAACAAAGUAUACAGUUAUCGAAUAACAGAAAGGCACCGAAAUUUAAACAAAUUGAAAAUAAAAUAUAUUUAGAAAUAACAAAAAAUGCAGGCAAGUUAAAGAAAUUUAGACGAAAAGCGAAUUGACCGCGAGACUGAUUGACAAACCGACACCUAAAGGUACUUCUGCUGCGAUUAGCAAGCCCACCAAAGCGAAAGGACACACGGGGAAGACAAACAGUAAAAGGCGAAAACUCAAAAAUUUCACUCAAACGCCCACACAUUUUGCACAACAAACACACACACGCCGACACACAUAUAUAAAUAUUCCCAACAGCAACGACACGCAGCGAAGUGAGACAACAGCAGGGACAAGCACAAAGAACAAAAGCAGAAUUAUAAGACAAAAACGAAACGGUGGAGUCCACACAACAAAACAACAACAGCAGGAAGCUUACACAGCAUAUAAUCGCACAACAACAAUAAACACGCAUAUUUAUAAAUACAUGUAAAUGCAAACAAAACAAAACGAGCUUUACGCACACAUACAAGCAAAAACAAAAACAGAAACCGAAAACAAAAAUAAUAAAAAAACGGCGAGUAAACUUGUGAGCGAUCGGGUGAGACAGUUUACGGCAGCGCUGACAACACUUCAGCAACAACAUUAACAAUAAAAGUAAAAUAUCAACAAAAUCAAAGGAGAUUGCUGUUAUUAACAACAAUUGUAACAACAAAAACACAAAGUUAAAGGCAACAAACGCAUCGAAGUGUCGGCUAGUGAAAGUAGCCGCCGUAAAAGCAUCGCCGGAAGUUCGAGUCGUGUGGUGGCAGCACAGGCGUGGGCUCACACGCACCCCAUCACACCACACAUUUCUGCCAUUUACUCGCUGGCGAUUCGCACAUACCCACGCCGCACCGAGGAACUAUUACUUGGAUCAUGUAUAAAACGCUCGUAUUGCUGCUUCAUGUGCAUUUGGCGCUAGGCGGUAAUGACGAUACAACAUCGACAUGGCCGAGCUUAUCGGGCGUACACAGCGAGGUCAAGCAUGGUUCGGCCCGCCAGCUGCUGGGCUCCAGUUUUGUUCGCGACAGCAUUGCGCUACAGCGUCAGCACCAGGAACAACAACAGCGUCUCUUUCGAUCGGGAGCUAGCAGUAAAGCAAUCGGUGGUGCCGGUGACGCUAUUGCACUUCAUCAGAAGCAAACGCCACAGGAUACACACGCGCAGUAUCAUCUAGGCGAUCAUGAUGAAGAAGACUUUCAUCCAUCAGACUUCCCGCCACAUGAGCAUCCCGACGCCGAUUAUUUCGCACAAUAUGCACCGGAACUCUACACCACCGAGUCGCAGCAACAGCCGUCAUACAAAACAAAUGCCGCUGCAGCACAAAACAAUGCGGGCGGCGGUGGCACCAGACACCGUGAUAUUGGUGCGCGCAGCGGUAUUAGUCGUACGGAUCUGUAUGGUGUACGCGAAUCCGAUGAUCGCCUGGGUGAAAUGACGCGUAGUCGUGAAGGUUACAUCCGACAUCAAAAGGAGAAAGUCUUUCGGCCGCAUGUUAAUAUCGUCCGCGAUGAGGGUAACCUGAUGAGUCCCAAUGACGGCUAUGGGCAUACCUGUCAGAAUGUGUGCGGUGACACACAAUGGUUAUGCCUCAGUACAUGUACCUGUAUUGAUCAGAGCGCGCGUUGCGAUAAGAAGAACGAUUGUGAGGAUGGCGCUGAUGAGUUCGAUUGCGAAGUGAUUGGCGAUAUGUUGCAUAAAUUGCAGAAGGAUUGCGAACAGACGGGCAUGCAUGUCAUGUGUCCGCGCACAUAUCGUUGCAUCAACAAGGAAUGGCUAUGCGAUGGCGAUGACGACUGUGGUGAUUAUUCGGAUGAGACGCAUUGCGGUGCAAAUAUGGCGCGUAUGAAUUGCUCAGACGAUGAUCAGUUCGAAUGUCAAAAUGGUUUUUGCAUACCGAAGCAGUGGGUUUGUGAUGGAGAAAAUGAUUGUAAGGAUUUCUCCGACGAAGCGCAUUGUAAUCGCACGAGUUGCUCAGCAGAGCACUUUACCUGCAAUGACGGCUACUGCAUUUCGAUCGCCUUUCGUUGUGACGGCGAACGCGAUUGUAAUGACAACUCCGACGAACUCAAAUGCCCCGCGGUCUUCAAUCGCUGUCCGGAAGGUGAAUUUAAGUGCCGUGGCAGUCAUGGUGGUCCGAGCGGACAGUGCAUAUUGAAUCGUUUCCAUUGUGAUGGCGAUAAUGAUUGUGGCGAUUGGAGUGACGAAGAAGAUUGUCCACAAAAACCAUCCGAUUGUACGACAAGCGAAUUCAAAUGUACCGAUGGCAGUUGUAUACCGCGACGCUGGAAAUGCGAUAAGGAACAGGAUUGCGAGGGUGGUGAGGACGAGCACGAUUGUGGCAAUAUGAUAGGAAGUACGCCGAUUAAGUGUGGACCAGACGAAUUCACAUGUCACAACGGACGUUGCAUACUGAAUACUUGGCUUUGUGAUGGCUACCCGGAUUGUUCGUCUGCCGAGGAUGAGGUAGAAUGUCACCUACAGUGUGAUCCCGGACAAUUUCUGUGCCCAGCCAAGAAGAACAUCACAAAUUUAAAGAUUUGUGUGCACCAAAAGCAUGUCUGCGAUGGCCAGAAUGACUGCCCGUUAGGUGAGGAUGAAGUGAACUGUCCACACCCACGUACCUGCGGCGAAAACUCACGUUGCGAGCAAUUAUGUAUUACCACAGCGAAAGGACGGGAGGAGUGCGCUUGUAAUCUCGGAUUUCUCAUGCACGAAAACCAUCGGAAUUGCACCGACAUCGAUGAAUGCCAAUAUAUUACGAGUCCAGUUUGCUCACAAAAGUGCGAGAAUACACACGGCUCAUUUAAAUGCUCCUGCGAAACCGGCUACGUCUUACGGCCGGAUCUACGCACUUGUAAGGCACUCGGCGGCGCGAUGACAUUGGUCGUGGCUAAUCGUUGGGACAUCAGGCGUGUACAACUGAGCAAUAACCGUUACUCGGCUGUAGUCAAGGGUUUGCACAACGCAAUCGCGCUUGAUUUCCACUAUCGUAAAGGCUUACUCUUCUGGUCGGAUGUUUCUACGGACGUAAUUAAAAUGGUGCACAUGAAUGGUACACGGCUGCGAGAUGUUAUCAAAUGGGGCUUGGAAUCGCCUGGUGGCCUAGCUGUCGACUGGGUGCAUGAUCUACUCUUCUGGACCGACUCGGGUACACGACGUGUAGAGGUCUCCAAUUUUAUGGGUACGCUGCGGGCCGUUAUUGCAUCAAAUGAUCUGGAUAAACCGCGGGCCAUUGUUAUACAUCCUGGUGAAGCGUUAGUAUUUUGGAGCGAUUGGGGUCCUAAUCCGAAAAUCGAACGCGCUUAUAUGGAUGGCUCACAGCGACAAGUCAUCAUCGCAAAUGGUGUCACAUGGCCCAAUGGCCUCACAAUAGACUACCCCAGCCGAAAGAUUUAUUGGGCCGAUGCGAAACAGCACGCGAUUGAGUCCUCAAACUUUGAUGGCACUGAACGCGUGAAAAUACUCAGCACACAUUUGCCGCAUCCAUUUGCGCUGACCAUCUUUGAAGAUACCAUGUACUGGACCGAUUGGAAUACGAAAACCGUCUCUGCAGCUAAUAAGAUUACCGGUAAGGGUUUCCGUUCGGUGCAUGAGAACUUCCACUUCCCCAUGGAUAUACACGCUUAUCAUCCAGCGAGACAACCAGAAUAUCCGGAUCGUUGUCAAAAGGAUAGACGCGGUCUAAGAGGUGGCUGUUCUCAUUUGUGCUUGCCAAAUAAGCUUUCGCGCCGCUGUGGUUGUCCCAUUGGCUUAUCACUAAAGGAAGAUGGUAAAACCUGUAAAAGCAUACCCGACAAGCUUGUGCUCGUCGCACGCAGAAAGGACAUCCGACUGAGGCAACUAAAUACAAAGUCAGCUGCUUCAAAUGAAGUGGAUAUGAUUUUGCCACUGGAUUAUAUGAAGCAUGCUGUCGCGCUAGACUGGUGCAGUGAAACGGACUAUAUCUAUUGGACCGAUGUAGAGCGGAGUACGAUUAAUAAGGCACAUCUCAACGGUAGCUACCAACAGCGUGUAGUGCAUUCGAAUCUCGUCUCGCCAGCUGGUUUGGCUUUAGACUGGAUUACAGAUAAACUUUACUGGACCGAUCCUGCUACUAAUCGUAUCGAGGUGGCAACUACAAAUGGUAAGAAGCGUACGCUACUAAUUUGGGAAAAGCUCGAUAAGCCCCGAGACAUUGUCGUGAAUCCGAUAGAGGGCAUAAUGUUCUGGUCGGAUUGGGGCGAACGUGCUAUGAUAGAGCGCGCUAAUAUGGAUGGCAACGAACGAGUAAUAGUCGCUGAAACGAACCUUAAGUGGCCGAAUGGCUUGGCGAUAGAUUACGGUCAGCAAAGGUUAUACUUUGUGGAUGGCGGUACGAAAACGCUUGAAAGUAUGGACUUUGAUGGCGGCAAACGUAAGACUAUAUUAACAAACCUUGGUCAUCCUUUCGGUUUGGAUAUCAGCGAAAACCGCGUCUUUUGGACAGAUUGGGAUAACAAGUCCGCAUUUAGCGCCGACAAGCUCACGGGUCAGAAUAUUACCACAAUUAUAGCGAAUACCAGCGAUUUGAUGGAUAUACGCGUGUUCCAUCGCUCACGUAGGAGUAUACAGAAUGCUUGUGGUUCUAAUAAUGGCGGCUGUUCACAUCUCUGUCUACUAAAUCCAACGAGUUUCACUUGCGCCUGCCCUGUGGGGGUGCAAUUGAGGAGCGAUCUGCGAACAUGUGCCGAGGGUCCCAGCCGCUUCAUCAUCUUCGCACACCGCAUCGACAUACGACAGAUCUCACUGGACUUUGCGCAUUUCAUCGACGUUGUGCUGCCGAUGCCACCGAUUGGAAAUGCAGUCGCUUUGGAUGUAGACUCGACAACAGGCGUAAUUUAUUGGUCCGACUCUAAGCAACAUGUGAUUAUGAGCUCCACACCUGAUGGCUUAAAUGUGCACAAAAUUAUUGGUGAAAGCUUGGAUAAUCCUGAUGGUUUAAUUGUGGACUCUGUUGGCAAAACGAUCUAUUGGGCUGAUGCUGGGCGUCACACCAUUGAGGUAGCCAGCCUGGAUGGCAAAAAUCGUCACUUGAUCGCCUACAAAGAUCUGGAAUCACCACGUGGUUUGGCCCUGGACUAUGAAGCCGGUCUACUGUUUUGGACCGAUUGGGGUCAUUAUCGUAAGAUCGAACGUUCUCAUAUGGACGGUGAGAGUCGUCAGCGUAUUGUCACAUCAAAUCUUGGUUGGCCAAAUGGUUUAUCGUUGGAUUUGAAAACGAAACGUAUUUAUUGGGUAGAUGCGCAAUUGAAAACUAUCGAUUCAUGUGAUUAUACCGGUAAUCAGCGUAAAUUGAUAAUGUCAUCACUGCAUCAUCCGUAUGCGUUAGCCAUGACUGAUGAGCAUAUCUAUUGGACCGAUUGGAAAUCAAAAGCUCUGCACAUGACAGAUCGUAGAAAUAUCACAGCGAAAAAGGAGAUAAUGACAAAUAUUGAUGGAUUGAUGGAUAUUAAAGUGAUAAUGGUUAACAAAACACAACCCGAAAAUGUCUGUGGCCCAAGCAAUGGUGGCUGUUCGCAUCUCUGUCUACGCAAUCCAACCGGUUUCUCGUGCAGAUGCCCGAUUGGGCUUAAAUUGAAGGAGGGUAGUACUAGUCAAUGCCAAACUUUGCCAGAUGAAUAUCUGCUCAUCGCACAACGCUCUGGCAUCGGUAUGAUCUCACUCAAUAUGCCCGAUUAUAUGGACGUCGUACUGCCCAUCAGUGCCGUGCAUGGCGCUGUGGUGCUCGACUUUCAUUAUCGCAAGAAAUGGCUUUUUUUCGCCGAUGUUAACUCAGAUGUUAUACGACGUAUAGAUCUCACCAAUUUGUCCGACAGCAAGACGAUUGUAAAUAAAGAACUAUUGACACCGAAUGGUAUAGCAAUCGAUUGGAUUGCGGAUAACCUGUAUUGGUCCGAUACUGAUCGAAAGAUCAUAGAGGUAGCGCGUUUGGAUGGCAGCUGUCGUAAAGAGCUCGUUUCCGACGAUUUGGGUGAUCCACGUUCGCUAAUCGUGCAUCCCCGCAAAGGAUAUCUAUUCUGGUCCGAUUGGGAUGCGCCGGCACGCAUAGAACGUAGUCUAUUGGAUGGAUCGAAUCGCACUAUGAUUGUGACCGAGAAUCUGGGUUUCCCCACCGGCUUAACGCUGGACUUUGACAACCGACGUCUAUUUUGGGCUGAUGCACUUGAAGAUAACAUUGCUUCAGUGGACUUCAAUGGCAAACGAAGAACUAAAAUAAUCGACUAUGCGCCGCACCCCUUCGGUCUCACAAUGUUCGACAACAGUAUUUACUGGACCGAUUGGUACAACAAAUCCGUCUAUCGCUCAUAUCGCAAGGGUCGCGGCUACAGCAAUCCAGUGGAGAUACGCGACUCACUUAAUGGAGCGUUGGAUAUACGAGCUGUCUCAAUUAAACGUCAACCCGAGGAGUGGAAUCAAUGUGCACAAGAAAAUGGCGGUUGCACGCAUCUCUGUCUCUACCGUGGGGCGGAUUAUGUAUGCGCGUGCCCCGAUCAACCCGAUGAUCAUGAAUGCAAAACGACACCUAAAUUUGUAGUGCCACGUCCGAAUGGUGGUGAUAAUUCUCCAGAUUAUGCGGAGGAAACCACUGAUGGCGAGGGUAGCUCAACGGAACAUGAUGAUGACAAUUAUGGCGCAAGCUCGAAAACUAGUAAACGUGAAACGCUGAUACUCAUCGCUAGCGGUGUGGUGAUCCUUAUGCUUAUCGUAAUCAUAGCUGCUAUACUAUUUCUGAUGUUCAAUUCCAAGCGCAAUAAAACGAAAAGGCACGCGCGAGGUUCCAGUCGCUCGGUAUUGACCUUCUCAAACCCCAAUUACAAUGUAGAUGGCACACCAAUGGAACCAAAGACAAACAUUUGGAAACGCUUCAAGUACGAUAAAUCGCAUGAGCGUGUCUACGAAGAGCGCAGCAUGACCACCGAGACAGCCUCGUCGAGUCUCUUUGUGCCGACGCCAUCACCAAUGGCAUCGCCCUCUACCAAACUAACGACACUCUCAACAAUAACGUAAACCAAGGAGAACAUUGAACUUCACAACUCGUGUAAUGUGACAACAGACACAGAAAAAUUCUACACAAGGAAAGAAAAACAAAUACAAAUAAAAGCGAAACGCUAAACACAAAAACUGCGCAUAAAAAUUAACUACAAGUAAAGGCAGCAGUUUUUCCCAACACAUACACUGGGAGAAACACAAUUCUAAAUAUAUACAUAUGUAAUAUGUAACGAAAGUAUGGAUAAAUGAAAUCAUAGUUGUUAGUGUAGCGGAUUUAGAGACCUGUCUUAAAAAAAAUUUAAUAAUUGUUUAUAUAUCAACUAAA